AUGAGACCUGAAGCAACAUCUUUAAAAAAGAAAGCAACGACCAGAAGAAAAAAUCAUCAACAUUGGUCAAGACAUAAGCACGAAAUAUUGGCAAAACGAAGUAUUCAAACGCUUAAAUUUCCUCAGGUUCAAAUCUUAAAUGAAAAUGAAUGUAAAGUAAAUGAUAUAAAAACUAAUGAUACAUUAAAUUUCUUGUCAACAAACGAAACAGCAAAUGACAGUAAUACUGAAUAUUCUGAUGAAAAUGAUCUUAAUGACGAUUUUAUCAAUACAUAUUUUGAUGACAUUGAUGAAUAUGGUAUUUCUUUUGAUACAUUUCACCAAGAUCAAAUUGAAGAAGAAAUUGAUGAAGAAGAAAUUGAUGGAGAGGAAAUUGAUGAAGAGGAAAUUGAAGAAACUUUUAUUGAACAGCAAACAGAAUUUGCUGAUCAGUUCAUGAGUGUGGAAUCAUCAACAACACCAGUUCGAUAUUUCGAUUAUACUGUUGAUCAUAAAAAAAAACAUAAAUGUACAAAUAGCCUUAUUAAUGAUAUAUUGAAAAUGUUAAAAGCAUUGAAAGUUCCAAAUAUUCCUGCAUCUUGGUACAGAUUAACCGAAAUUAUCAAAAGAACCGAAGAAACAUCAAAAUCAAAAUCAAAACAAAGAAUCAUUGAUUCAACUUCUUAUUUUUGUCCGGAAUGCGAACAAGAAUCAAUUGAUCCAAAAAAAUGUACGAACACAAAUUGUUCAUAUUAUUCCAACUGUUUAAUACCUCCUCAUACAUUUAUGGUGAUGAACAUUCAACAGCAAAUUGAAGAAGUUCUAAGAUCAACUCAUCGAAAUGAUCUUGAUCUAUCAGCACAAACAUUACCAGAAUCCACAACAUCAUUAAUUGAUAUCUAUCAUGGAGGUGUUUAUAGAAAUACUGUACAUUCAUUGAGAAAUGAAAAUAAUAAUCGUUUUAUAUCAUUGACAUGUAAUAUUGAUGGUGCUGCUGUGUACACAAGCAGUGAACAGACUAUGUGGGCAUUCAUGGCAUGUUUGAAUGAAUUAAAUAGAUCAAUACGUUUUAAUAUAGAAAAAAUGAUCGGUAAUAAUUUUGUAAUAAAUAAGUAG